AUGGCUUUGACCAAUACUCGGAACAACCAUGGACUUAUCGGUUAUGGAAUCAACAUGUACAAGCCGAAUUGCGCCUUCUCCUGUCGCGCCGCUAUCUCGUCAUGCACCUUGAACUGCUCGACCAUGAUGGAGAUGGAAGGGAUGGAUAUGUCCAUGGAUGACAUGAUGAUGGAGACAUCCGCCGAAUGCUAUGCAACCGAUGAUGCGUUCCUGAAGACGAUGGCUUACUGCAUAUCCCAGAAGUGCGAAGGGCUGCAGAAAUGGGAGCUGGAGAAGUACUGGCAAGACAACAUACCCGGUACUAGUGCGGUGCAACCAAGCCCCAAGUGGACCUACCAGGAAUCGCUCGAUACAAUAUCCAGUCCUCCAAAUCAGACUGUAAUAGGUGGAGACUCCUUGAACCAGACUAUGCUAGUGAGCGAGGAUGACUGGCUAGCGAAUUGGAAUGCACAGAAUUCAUUCGAGGAAGCUGAAGGAAAGCACGAGAAGUACAGUAUCAUUGUCAUUGUCACUUGUUUUGCGCUACCGAUCGCUCUCUCGUUCCUACGCUUCGUCCCAUUCCCGAACACGCUCGUCACUCGGUUCAAUGCCUGGAUCAUUGAUCCUCCGCUGUGGGGUACGAAGCAGAAGCAGCCGCUAGCUGGUGGUUUGGGCCUCAUGCCAACACGAGGCCAGGCAUUGUUCAUCGGCUAUAUUCUUCUCAUCAACGUCGUUCUCUCGUCAGUCGGCUACCGCUCAUCGCAACCAAACGCAUGGAACCCAGACAGCGUACGCAAUGAGAUUAUUACGCUGGUAGCAAACCGAGUGGGCGUCUUGAGUUUCGCGAACCUCCCACUGCUGAUUCUGUAUUCAAGCCGCAACAACAUCCUGUUUUUGAUUACCGAUUGGAGCCACUCCACGUUCCUGCUAUUGCACCGGUGGGUCGCAGGUAUCGCGACAAUUCAAGCCAUCUUGCAUUCCAUCAUCUACCUCCAACUUAGGAUCGAGGCACACACCCAUGCAGAAGAGAGCAAGCUGCCUUACUGGAUCUGGGGAAUCGUAGGAACCCUGUCCAUGUCCCUCAUCUUACCAUCUUCUGUGCUUUACAUCCGCCACAAAGCAUAUGAGCUUUUCCUCGCAUGGCAUGUUGCCCUAUCCAUCCUGACGAUUGUUGGUUGCUACUACCACAUCCUCUUCCGGUUCGCGCACCAGUGGGGAUACGAGACGUGGAUAUGGGCGGCAAUGGCCGUGUGGGGCUUCGACCGCGUCUUGAGGAUGCUCCGCAUGGCGAAGAACGGGUUGCGCUCUGCCGUAGUUACCAAAGUCGAUGAUGACUACGUCCGAGUGGAUGUUGCAGGCGUUGCUGCAUCAGGGCAUGCAUAUCUCUACUUCCCAACCUUGACAUGGCGUGUUUGGGAGAACCACCCCUUUUCUGUGGCAUCUACCGCGACCCCCCAGUUCGUACAAAAGUCCAAGUCACUUAGGGAUGAAGAGUCAGGCUCGUCCGAAAAGGACGAGAUCAAAAUUUCUACUGCAGCUGCUUCUAGCAACAGCUCGACUCAUGGACCCGCGAAGCUAGGGCUGACGUUCUUCCUCCGCCGCCAAGGUGGGCUCACCCAGCAACUUGUCUCUCGGGCUACUCUUCCCGUGCUUGUUGAGUCUUCUUACGGCACUCAUGUCGAUACGUCGCACUUCCCACACCUGGUCUGCAUUGUUGGAGGUAUAGGCAUCACUGCCGUGUUGCCGUAUCUGCGCUCGCAUCCGGGAUCCUCCAAGUUGUACUGGGGCGUGCGGUCUGCUGGUAUUUUGCAUGCUGUUGAUGACGAGCUCCUGAAGAAUGUGGAUAAAGAGGUAUUUGUAGGCAGUAGAAUGAACAUCCGAGCGGUGCUGCAGGAAGAGGCUGCGUAUGCCGGUGAAGGGGGUGUUACGGUACUAGUCUCUGGACCUGGGGGAAUGGCGGAUGAAGCGCGGAUCGUUGUAUCGGAGAUCGGCAGGCAGGGGAAAGUCAACAUGAGGCUUGUGGACGAAGCUUUCAGCUGGUGA